AUUGAUUCUUCAACUGAAUCUUUAUCAACAUGUUAUCAAGAAACUUAAAGUGUCAAGCCCGUCGUUUACCCUUGAUCGGUAGAUCCGUCAUAAAGUCGGAAGUUGCCCUCGUCAGAUCCUUCCACGUUCUCAACGUGAAACCCGUGGCUUCUUCCGCUGGUUUCAAACACCAACCAAUUAACACCAUAACCAAUUUCAAGAGAUUGGCCUCCACCUCCAUCAAGGUUCCUGAAAUGGCCGAGUCUAUCACCGAAGGUACCUUAUCAUCAUUCAACAAGCAGGUUGGUGAUUAUGUCAACCAAGAUGAAUUGGUGGCUACUAUCGAAACCGAUAAAAUCGAUGUCGAAGUCAAUGCACCUGUCAGCGGUACCAUCACCGAAUUGUUGGUUUCCGAAGAGGACACUGUUGAAGUUGGUCAGGUGAUUGUGACGAUUGAAGAAGGUGCUGCUCCAGAAGGUGCUGCUCCAUCUGCUCCUAAAGAAGACGCUCCUAAAGACGAAGCCCCAAAGGAAGCUGCUCCAAAGGAAGAUGCUCCAAAGAAGGCUGAACCAGCCAAGUCUGCCCCUCCUCCACAGCCUAAAAAGGAAGCUCCAAAGAAGACGGAAACCAAAGAAUCAUCAUCUGCCACCUUUACCAACUUCUCCAGAGAUGAAGAAAGAGUGAAGAUGAACAGAAUGAGAUUGAGAAUCGCCGAAAGAUUGAAGGAAUCCCAAAACACCGCUGCUUCUUUGACCACGUUUAACGAAGUCGACAUGUCUGCUUUGAUGGAAAUGAGAAAAUUAUACAAGGACGAAUUCUUGGACAAGACUGGUAUCAAGUUUGGUUUCAUGGGUGCUUUCGCUAAGGCUUCCACCUUGGCCAUGAAGGACAUUCCAACCGUCAAUGCUGCCAUUGAAAACAAUGACACUUUGGUUUUCAGAGACUACACUGAUAUUUCCAUUGCCGUGGCUACUCCAAAGGGUUUAGUUACUCCAGUUCUUAGAAACGCCGAAUCUCUUUCUAUCUUGGGAAUCGAACAAGAGAUUUCCAGCUUGGGUAAGAAGGCUAGAGAUGGAAAGUUGACCAUUGAAGACAUGACCGGUGGUACCUUCACUAUCUCCAACGGAGGUGUCUUUGGUUCCUUAUAUGGUACUCCAAUCAUUAACAUGCCUCAAACCGCUGUUUUGGGGUUGCAUGGUGUCAAGGAAAGACCAGUUACUGUGAAGGGUCAAGUUGUCUCUAGACCAAUGAUGUACUUGGCUUUGACCUAUGACCAUAGAGUGUUAGACGGGCGUGAAGCUGUCACCUUCUUGAAAACCGUUAAGGAAUUGAUCGAGGACCCAAGAAAGAUGUUGUUGAUGCAAUAGGUCCCAUAGUUGAUGUUUUUGCGUUUAUAUUUAUUAAUUAAAUAGUUUGGCUAUCCUUACCUUUUGCAUUAUAAAUAAGAUAUUUAUUAGUGUCGUUUAACACACUUGCAGAAACGCCACAAAAUUUGUACAAUACACGCAUGAACCCUCCCACAAUAGCAGUCAUAGCAACAUCAAUUGAAAUUUCUUCAACUACAUGCAUUGGCUCCUAUCAUGUCAUUGACCUAGACAUUGCAUUUUC